AUGACUGAUCAUAUGACGCACUUUGUUAUGCUCGCGCAGAUGCUCCGAUUCAGGACGGCACAGCAGCGCUGGCGCCGACUGAGCGAAUCGGAGGACUGGGAUUCUGCUGAUCCUGAGGAUGACAAUACAAUGCCAUUCUGUACGCCGAUUUGUCUAUACUUUGGACAACCGAGAGCACCGCCCGAUUUCUCAUAUUCUUUCGUCGACGAAUUGAUGGAAAUAGAGGAGUUUAAAGAUUACUUUCCGGAGAGCACCGUGGAAUACCUGGAAAGGCUUGGCAUGUGGGAUGAAAGCGAGAGGCGUGUCCGUCACGAAUGGCUUGUGGAGCGGAAAAGGGCACAAGAACUAGAGAGUUAUCCGACCAGAUUGCCGCACGCGGGCCGGUAUAAGUGGAUUGGUCCCGAGAGCGACCAGCCACCGAGCUGGGUGUGGGAUAGCAUGAGGCAUCAGACUGUGGAGGUGACCGAUGAGAUAUUAAAAGAAGGAUAUAUUGCGGUCUCGUAUACCUGGGGUCGCUGGCGCGGGGAGGGCUCGAGACCGGUCAAAGGGGUUCCGUGGGAGAUUCCACGGAUUAAACCGUCGUCCUACAGCGAUGUCAUCAAACUCCUUCAGCUUCUGUCCGCAAUCCCCGGAAGCCGCUAUUACUGGAUUGAUGUUCUCUGCAUUAACCAGGAGGAUAGUAACCAGCGCGAGCGGGAGAUCGCAAAGCAAGGGAGUAUCUUCGGAAAGGCUAAGGCAGUCUUCGUGUAUGCGUGGACCAUCCCGGACGGGCACCAGCUGGCACUUGCACUCUGUAAUCUGGGGGAGAGUCUGCUUUGGGCUUUGCGCGUCCCGCCCAGAGGGAUUUUUGGUGGCCAAACAGCCACGUACGCUGGCCGGCCCAUACGGCGAGCAUCGAUCUGGAACACUCUUCGAGACAGCGAGGCUGCUCAAACCCUACGGGACGACCAUUGGUUCAGCUCACUGUGGACGUUGCAGGAGAUGAUUCUCUGUCCAUCCGGGCUCCUCAUGACCCGGAACGGCGAAUUCUGCACCAUCAAUGGCCGGAUCGCCACCGUCGCAUCCCUGGCUGCCGCUAUAUAUAUCAUGGACGUAAUGAACGACGCGGAGUUACUAAGAAGACUGGACACAGAAUUGGUGAUUCAAAAAUUCCGCACUUGGAUAGACUGGAGCUCCCGGAUCCUUCUUAACGUCUCCUUGACAGCGGACCGGACCGACAUUCUGAUCGCCGCCACCAAAAGGACGGCGACUAAACGAAGAGGCGAGGCUGUUCUGGCAGCACUCAAGGUGGCCAGCGACGACGGGCCAUUUGAUGAGAACGGACUCACAGCCAGCGGUCUGCCUCCUUCGCUCUUGCGGCGGAUAUUCCUGGCGGAGGGGAGCCGGCUGUUUAUGUAUGCAACAGAUGCAGUCCCAGGCAGGUUCUUCUCGGACAUGGUUGGAGGAUCUGGCAAUCAACGCCCCAGAGAUAUCUUGGAAGGCAGCGUUGAAUUUGUUUCCACCGCAACCUGGAGCAUUGGCGAUGAUAUGGGAGUCGGUAUUCCUCACCCGGCAAAAGUGCUCGUCACUGCGGAGAAAGUUGUGCUGCAUCUCUGCGUGGGGAUAUGCAGCCCGCCAAUGACAAUGGGAGAGGCCAUCAGGUUCACGUAUGCCGCGCACCGGAAAUGGACGCAGCGAAAACGGCUAAGCCAGCAGAUCCAGCAAGUGUGGAGAUCAAUGGCGGCAUGUUGCCACUCAGUGCGCUCAAGCGAUUCUGGAAACUUCAUAUUCCCACCCAUGUUAGACUUAAAAUUCCUUCACCUUGGCGAGGAUAAAACUGGAUCAUCCAGCUUUGGAAUCAUUCUCGCCACCACCAUUCCGCCACUAACCUCAGGAGAACUAUGGUAUAAAUGUGGUACCUAUCGUGCUCAGGGUCGGCCAGAGUUUCAAAUGACCGCUGAGUAUAUGUAUAUUAUAAGCCCUAGUUUUAAAUGA